AUGCCUCAAAUAGGUGGCGCCACCGGCAAGUCAAUCAAGGCCGCACUCAAAAGAGUGUUUCUGCGGGAUCCAUGGAGGCAUUCUGGUUCCGGUCAAGGCGAUACCAGCAAACAGGACAGGGAAACAGCUCAGCCGGGAGUCUAUCCGCGACGAACACGAGGGCCAAUGAAAAUCAGGUCCGAGCAAGAGAGACCCGCAAGGGGAAACAACAUGCAACGGUCUACGCAGCUCUCACGCCUUAUCAAAUCGUCAGAUUUGCUUCCUAUGUUUCCCAAAGUCAGCGAUCCCCGGCGGAAAGAGGCUGUGUACGGAAUUCGAACUCUCCUUGACCGACAAUGGGCCGCAGUAUCUCCUCGCAAACCCCUCAGGGGAACUACCAGUUGCCUGAAAAUGGUUGAGAGAUAUAAAAGCCACCAGAAACGCUCAGCAAAUGCCGACUUCUACAGAUUAGCCACUGUCCAGCAGUAUAUUCUUCUUGUGUGA